CUGACAGAUAGUAUGACAGUAGCGAUACAGAGCCUACAAAUCCCAUGAUGUACCUGUUUGUUUCCUCAGUAACGGGGUGUUGUCUCUUCGGUAGGUGCACAACACCGAGAGGGGGUAUUCUAAGUUGCCUUACACUGUGGUGGGCGAGUCUGCUCCAGGUGGGACUAUGUAUGGCGCUCCAGUGGAUUUAUCUUUUAAAAACAUCAGCUGUCUGGCAGAUACAUGGUCAGAGGAACCAACCAGUGGUCUGCGGCCUUUAAAGAGAAAUUCAAAGAAAAAAUACUUGAGCUCCUCUCUGCGCCUCAGUAACAACAACAUCACUGACCUUCAUGACCUCCAGUUGACAGUAAUGCAUUUCCUGGCCGAGCCAUUGUACCUAGCAUGGCUGGAUCUUUCCUUUAACAAAAUCACGCAUAUAGACAAAGUUCUGUGUGAGCUACGUGAACUCCGUGUGUUAUAUCUGCAUGGCAACGGCAUUUUUAUCCUGUCAGAGGUGGACAGGUUGGGAGCGCUGCCACAUCUACACACCAUCACUCUGCAUGGAAAUGUCAUAGAAAGCAACAAAUCCUACAGGAGCCGUGUGAUUUCUGUUUUGCCUCAGUUAAAGACCAUGGACUUCAGUGCUGUGACACGGCAGGAGCGCGUCAUGGCAAAGAUCUGGCAGGACAGCAAUGAUCACAGCAGGUGCAGCAAGACUUUCCCCUGACUCUUCUCCUCUGUGGUUUGUAGACUCAUAGUAUAAUAUGAAAGCUAAAUAUUCCACAAGUGCAGUAUAUUUGUGUACAGUAUUUGUAGUAGAAUCUGAAUUGUUAGUUCUUUUCUCAUGUUCUUCUUUACUUAAUAAACUGUCAGUGUUUUAGUUGUGAAAAACUAUAUAAUGUAUUUAUUAGCUUCCCCCCUAAAAGUCCCUGUCCCCUAACUAAGUUGAAUCCUUUAUUAAAAGAAACUGUUGCCAUUUUGGAAGUGUGGUAUAUUAAAAUGAACAAUUAUAACAGGAUGUUCAGUAACAUGACUGCAAAAUUACCUUAAUUAAUAUUUCAAUUAUUAUGAAGUGAGUGGGCAAAUGUUUUUCUAAUCCGAUAUCUCCAGAAUGGGUGUAACAAAUAUUGGAAUAUUGUUAGGGGUUACUAGGUUGCAUACAAGUUAUUGCUGUCAGAUUUAUGGAUAUGGAUAUCGGCAUUUAUUUUAGAGGACACAGAUGUGUUGUUGAAAGUCUUUAAUGAAUUAAACCAAAAAACAAAACAAAAAAACAUUUUGUUACUAGCCUAAGAUAUUACAAACAUAUUUCAGGUAGUAUUAACAGAUAGAGUAACAAACAAAACAGAAAAAAAAAUUGGCAAUAACCCAUUGCAAAAAAAGCUCAAAUCAGUUGCGCAGUUUAAAUAAUCACAGCCUUGUAGAACAUCCCUUUAGAGGCUCAAGAGCGGCUCGCCAUGCCCCCUGCCAACGCUUACAGCCACACGCUCUCCUCCGAAGAGCACAUAUACAUUUAAAAAGACAAAUAAAUAAUCACAAAAAUGUCUGAUAAUUUUAUCUGCACUGUGUGUGUGUGUGUACAUAGAUGCAAAUGCUCCCCCCACACUGCUACAAUGGUUAGUUUCUGAUUAAUAUUAACAACUCAUCAUAUUACAAUCUGCAGCGAAAAGCUUGGUUUAAAAGCUAACAAAUGCAGGCUUUAAAAGUGUUCUUGCAUUUCAU